GUGUGUAGGGGGGAGUGUCUGCGCCUCCCCGCCCGCAGGGCUCCCAAGACUGGUAUCUGGGUCUCGUCCCCGCCCAACAGGCCAGACUGGGGUUUGCGAGUCUCCGGCUUGGAAGGGUCCCCUGAGUCCCGGAGAGUGUCCUGCCACCGUCCAGGUAGAGGAGUCAGGGCCCUGAGACCACUUUCAAGACACAGCACGUCCUCUUGGGGUCUGGAAUCCAGGCUCGGGCUUGAGCCCCUCUUCAGCUCCUGCAUUGGUCCCAGAACCCCGCCCCCUUCCCGACACCGUCUCUCACACGCUGGAGUGGGCGCUGGGGGAAGACUGGGCCCCUCCUUUCCCUCCCCAUAGGAUAGAGUCCUGACCACUUUUCUUCGUCAAAGACUUUCCUUAUUCUCCUUUCUUUAAAUCUUAAAUCCUGAACUGUGCUUUGGUCCUACCUCAUUCCCGUUGGGACAGAAUCUAAGGCUACUAAUUCUGUUUCAGGGGGCUCUAAACCUCACCUGUGCAGCAUCAGAUACUGUCUUCAAACCUUGGCUGCUUCUCUUAUUUUCUGUUCUUGAGCGAGUCUACUUUUUAGGUCAGACACCCUCCCUCCCUGCACAGCCCCCAGAAUCUUUAUGCACCCCAGCUUUGGUUUUUAAGGUCUCCUGUUUUUCUGCCUAUUCUCUUAUGUUGAUCUCUGGAGGGUCCCCAUUGGGUCCAAGAUUGGCCUCUUUAGAAUAACUUCUGCUGCUACUCUUUUAUACUACGGAUCCUGUGCAGGUCCCAUGUUCCAUAGAUACCAUCUCCUAGCUUGGAACCCAUUUUAAUCCUAGGAUUGAGCUCCCAGUAUCCGCAUUCCAGGGGAUGUACCUUCUUGUAGGUGCCUGCCUAAAGCUGAGGGUCUAAAACCCUUAGAAGUGCCCGCAAAACCACGGCUUCCAGGGAGGUUAGGGGACCUCUCCCUCCCCCAUCCCCCUUCACGUCUUCCCUCCCCACAGUCCUGACCUGUACAUAUUUUCUUCUCAGUCCUCUCACAUUACCCACUGGGAUCUGAAAACACAGCGCUCAGGGCUCUGUGAUUACAGCAUACACCUCUCUUCGCCUCCCAACCCUGCCCUCUCCCCCGCCCCGCACACACUUCUGUCCCUCUCUAGAGUUUUGAAAAGUGGAGACUCGCCCUGGAGAUGUGGAGGCCUGAACUCUGUAAACCCGAGGUGGCAGGCUCUGGGCUUGAAGUGCCCUGGAGUCCUGAAAUGUAACCUCCUUUCUGGACUUGGAGCUGUGACCCUGGACUCCCCACCCCCACCCUGGCUGAGGGCAGGGUCUGCACUCUUUUGUACCAUCCAGGCCUUGAAAUAUGAUCUGAUGAACUUUCCUUGACCCUCUGGUGACUGGGUCCCCCCACCUCAAUUAAAUCAAGUUGAUCCUUCUUUCAGGUUCUCUAAACUGUGAGCUUCCAUUCAAGGGGGCCUGGACCCCAGGGUGCCUUCUUUCUUCCUGAGUCCAUUGCUGCCCCUCCGAGUACCUUAAAUGUCAUUGAAACAUCCCCUUUUUUACAGGGACCUUCCCCAGCCUGUCAUAUUCAUGGCUGCAGAUUCUGUCUUAUGGGGGUGCAUCACAGACUGCUCGGAGGGAUGAAUGUUGGGGGCUUGUUGGUGAACUUUGAAAUCUGAGACUCUCAGCUUGAGACUUGGAGGCAGGUUUGGGGCAGGGGUGUCUGUGAGCUCCCUGAAAUAGUCCGCAGCACACAUCUCCACUUUCCUGGAAAGAGGCGCCUUCCUGAGCUUCCCCCAGUGCUCCGAGGGGCCUGUGCUGGAGGAAAGGUUCAGUGCAGCUGCUGUGUUUCGGCUGAUGUCUCCCCACGCGACUUCCAGGCAAGCCUGAAGUUGAAACUCUGGAAGCUGCCGGUGCCUGGCGCUGUUUAUAAACACAGCUCUGACGGCAGGCAGGUCAGCUCAGAGCCAGGGCAGGAAGUGAUCCUGGGGCAUUUGGGGCUUCUUCCUGAAUUCUUGUCCCCCCCGCAUUCCCUCCAGUGUCAAGGGCAGGCUCCUCUGAGGUGGCAGCUGCCGGGAAAUCUGAGUCGUGAACAUAUGGCCGCCUAAGGGGUGUGCUCCGGGAAGUGGGAGCUGGGGCUCCACUGUCCAGCCUGGGCGGGGCGGAGGCUCCCGGGGUGCCAGGAUGUCAGCAGGUUCCUGAGCCCACCUGCCUUCGACCAGGCUGCCAGUGUGAAGUGUCCACAUGACAUCGUCUCUCCCUGCUAAGGCCUUGGGCCACUUCCAGAAGAAACAUCUUGUCCGCAAGCCUUUUUGUUUUCUGCACAAGAACAUGGUGAUGAGUUUUCGAGUCUCCGACCUUCAGAUGCUCCUGGGUUUCGUGGGCCGGAGUAAGAGCGGACUGAAGCACGAGCUCGUCACCAGGGCCCUCCAGCUGGUGCAGUUUGACUGUAGCCCCGAGUUGUUCAAAAAAAUCAAGGAGCUGUACGAGACCCGCUACGCCAAGAAGAACUCGGAGCCUGCCCAACAGCCACACCGGCCCCUGGACCCCCUGACCAUGCACUCCACCUACGACCGGGCCAGCGCUGUGCCCAGGACUCCGCUGGCAGGCCCCAAUAUUGACUACCCCGUGCUCUACGGGAAGUACUUAAACGGACUGGGACGGUUGCCCGCCAAGACCCUUAAGCCAGAAGUCCGUCUGGUGAAGCUGCCCUUCUUUAAUAUGCUGGACGAGCUGCUGAAGCCCACCGAGUUAGUCCCACAGAACAACGAGAAGCUUCAGGAGAGCCCGUGCAUCUUCGCGUUGACGCCAAGACAGGUGGAGUUGAUCCGGAACUCCAGAGAACUGCAGCCAGGAGUUAAAGCCGUGCAGGUCGUCCUGAGAAUCUGUUAUUCAGACACCAGCUGCCCUCAGGAGGACCAGUACCCGCCCAACAUCGCUGUGAAGGUCAACCACAGCUACUGCUCAGUCCCGGGCUACUACCCCUCCAAUAAGCCUGGGGUGGAACCCAAGAGGCCGUGCCGCCCCAUCAACCUCACCCACCUCAUGUACCUGUCCUCGGCCACCAACCGCAUCACCGUCACCUGGGGGAACUAUGGCAAGAGCUACUCCGUGGCCCUGUACCUGGUUCGGCAGUUGACCUCGUCAGAGCUGCUGCAGAGGCUGAAGACCAUUGGGGUGAAGCACCCGGAGCUGUGCAAGGCACUGGUCAAGGAGAAGUUGCGCCUCGAUCCCGACAGCGAGAUCGCCACCACUGGUGUGCGGGUGUCCCUCAUCUGCCCGCUGGUGAAGAUGCGGCUCUCUGUGCCCUGCCGGGCAGAGACCUGCGCCCACCUGCAGUGCUUCGACGCCGUCUUCUACCUGCAGAUGAAUGAGAAGAAGCCCACCUGGAUGUGCCCCGUGUGCGACAAGCCAGCCCCCUACGACCAGCUCAUCAUCGAUGGGCUCCUCUCGAAGAUCCUGAGCGAGUGUGAGGACGCCGACGAGAUCGAGUACCUGGUGGACGGUUCGUGGUGCCCAAUCCGCGCCGAAAAGGAGCGCAGCUGCAGCCCGCAGGGCGCCAUCCUCGUGCUGGGCCCCUCGGAUGCCAAUGGGCUCCUGCCUGCACCCAGCGUCAACGGCAGCGGUGCCCUGGGCAGCACGGGUGGCGGCGGCCCGGUGAGUGGCGUGGAGAAUGGAAAGCCGGGCGCCGACGUGGUGGACCUCACGCUGGACAGCUCAUCGUCCUCAGAGGAUGAGGAGGAAGAGGAAGAGGAGGAGGAGGAGGACGACGAAGAGGGCCCUCGGCCCAAGCGCCGCUGCCCCUUCCAGAAGGGCCUGGUGCCGGCCUGCUGACCCCGGCCGCACACUCGACUUUCCUGGUGCUCACCACGCAGAGGGGCGCGGGCCAGCCUCAGGCACAGAGGGAGGAGUGACCUUUCUUGUUCUUUUUAUUGUCGUUCCUUUUGUUUUUCCACCCCUUUGCCUGGCUCCUGGCACCUGUACCUCUGGACUCUCCUAUGGGGGAUUAAAAAAAAAGUAAAAUGACAAAAAAAGAUACAAAAAAGAAAAAUGAAACAAAAAAGUCAAACUCUUAAAAACAAGGCCGGCCACCCACACAGCCGCCUCCCCGGCUGGAGUCCGAGCCGGGAAGGGGUAGUGGGCGGGAGGGACCAGGACGCUGCCCCGCGCCCUCCCCUCCGGAUGCCCAGCUGCCCGCCACCCUCUUCCCAUGACCAUUCCAGCCGGCGCGCAGGGCCCCGGGCGGCGGGCGGGGCACAGCCCCUCUCUGGCGACCACUUUGACGUUUGUCUCUUCCUUUGCUUUUUCUCUGCAAACACAUCCUCACCCAGAGACCCUCAUGCGCCGAGCAACGAGCGUUUUAGCCAAGAAGCCAUGGAGUGGGUUGGGGCAGGGAGGGGCAGUGGGGUGGGGGGAUGGGCGGGCAGGAUUGGGGGAUGGUGGGCGGCUGGGGAGGGUUUAGCCACAGAUGUGUUGUAUUUUUUGAAAGUGCAAUAAUUUGGUAUUUUGAAGACCCGGCGUGUGGCCAGGAACCCCCGGGGAAGGCGGGGGCCCAGGGUGCGGCACCGUGUGGCGUGGGGGGGUCUCAGUUUUCUAGCCAGCUACCUCGGUAACUCCAAUUCAGGUUAACUUCCCUACGGAACAGCACAGAUGUCCACAGAUGUCCCCAGCUGCCGCCACCACCACACCCCAGUCCUUGGGGCACAGGGGGGCGGUCGCUUCCCAAGGGGCAGCAGGGACUCCGGCCACCCCAGCUCUUGUUUGGGUUGAUUCCUCUCCUUUUUGCUCUUGGUUUUCCGACGGGUACGAGGCUGGCACCCUGUCCCCCGGGAGCCUUGCUUUUCCAGCAGGACCAGGCCAGGGGCCUCCCUCCAGUCCCCAGGGGUUCCCGGCCCCUCGCAGGCCCCACCCGUGCCCUUGGCCUCAGGGUCCAACAACUGGGGGCGCUUCCGGGGCUCUGCCUCCAGGAUCCCGCAGCUGGGCACCCCCCUCACCCCCCAGGAGACCAGGGCACAGGCAGGGCACCGGCCUUACCUGGUUCUCCAGACCUGCUGCCUGCCGUCUGUUUUGCUUUUAUCCUCCCCAGCCCAGAAUUUUCCUUUGUAUAAACAGAACUCCUAGUCAGGAAGCAAUAUCAUUUCAGGUUUCUAAAGAAAGGGACGUGCAUCUGGCCGAGGGCAGUUCAGUCUCGCUGCAGAGCCCGCAGCCCGCUGCGCAGCUCGGCCCCUCCCGCCCGCACGGGCAGCUGACGGCCGCUGUUUUCUAAUAUUUGUAUUCUAAUUUAAUUGUUUUUUAAAAAUGCAAAUAAAAAAGGUCGAGGUGAAGCCA